AAACAUGCUUUGUUUGUUUUUAGCACAUUGGCAUUGACAUGGUGUAACGUUAAUCUGUAAGAGGUUUACAGACGGAGCACAUUUCAUCAUGGCGAGCGUUGCAUCAGCCACGGACGCACCAUCAUCUCAAGAGGAACUUGAGAAUAAUGCUAUGGCUGGCCAUGACUCUAGCUUUAAGGCCGCAGACACAGUGAUACAGUUAGCACAGACCCAUAAACCAAAACCUGACCCAAAUGGCCUGGUGUUUGGGACGGUCUUCACUGACCACAUGCUGACCAUUGAGUGGACUCUUGAGGAAGGCUGGCAGAAGCCACACAUCCAGCCUUUUGGGAACCUGUCCAUACAUCCAGGCUGCUCUUCCCUGCAUUACGCUGUACAGCUUUUUGAGGGUAUGAAGGCGUACCGGGGGCCAGAUAACAAAGUGCGUCUCUUCAGACCCUUGAUAAACAUGAAGCGGAUGCUGAAGUCCGCCCACAGGGCCUGUCUGCCUCGUUUUGAUGGUGUAGAGCUGUUGGAGUGCAUCAGGAAGUUGGUAAAAGUGGAUCAGGAUUGGGUCCCUCACUCAGACUCUGCCAGUUUGUACAUCCGUCCCACCUUACUGGGCACAGAGCCCACUCUUGGUGUCAAGAAGCCCUCCAAGGCAUUGCUGUUCGUCAUCCUCAGUCCUGUUGGACCUUACUUCAGCACGGGAGCUAAACCAGUGUCUCUGUGGGCUGACUCCAAAUACAUCAGAGCCUGGAGAGGAGGGACGGGUGACUGCAAGAUGGGAGGGAACUAUGGCGCAUCUAUCUAUGCUCAGUAUGAGGCAGUGGAUUACGGCUGUCAGCAGGUUCUGUGGCUGUAUGGGGACGACCAACAGAUCACAGAGGUCGGCACCAUGAACCUUUUCCUCUACUGGAUCAAUGAAAAAGAAGAGGAGGAGCUUGCAACACCACCUCUAGAUGGCAUUAUUCUGCCGGGCGUUACACGGCAAAGCAUCUUAGAACUAACUCGCAAAUGGGGUGAGUUCAAAGUAUCCGAGCGCUAUUUGACCAUGGCAGACCUGCGGCAGGCUCUGGAGGAAAACCGAGUGAAGGAGAUGUUCGGUUCUGGAACUGCAUGUGUUGUUAGUCCAGUUGGCAGGAUCUUGUAUCAGGGAGAGAAUCUGCAUAUUCCAUGUGAAGGAAGCUUUCCUCCACUUGCCUCCAGACUGCUAAAGGAGCUCACAGAUAUUCAGUAUGGACGGACCCCCAGUGACUGGUCCUGCAUCGUAUAAAGGGACCUCACUGAUGUUAAAGUACACAAACUCUUCCAAGACAUUUAAAACAUGCACAU